AUGGAAGAACAAAAAGGCCUGGAAUUGAAAAAUAUGUUGAGCAAUGAUAGUGUGGUUAUCCUUGCUUUACGUAAUUAUCGUGUUGGCUAUUUCAAUGGGAAGCUUAUAAACAUAACAACUGCAACCACAUUACAUAUCAACCCAACAUUUCCAGAAGCAGAGCUUCUAACGUUAAGAGGAAAGGACCCUUUGCUUUUUGUACCCUUUGUUGCAGAAACUAUCCACAUAGAUGGUAAAUAUAGUAGAAUGACUAUUUCUUCAAUCUGUGAGCAGAUGAGCAUCAAACUAGAAACAAUUCAGACAACUUUGCUAGCCAUUUUGCGCUUUGUAAACGUAACUGACCAAAAUUUCUAUUACACAGCCUGUCCACUAAUAGUCAAUGGAAGGCCUUGCAAGAAAAAAUGUACACAGCAAGUUGAUGAUUCUUGGUUCUGCUCUAGAUGUCAAAUGACUAUGCAAGACUGUAAUUAUAGUUAUCUCUUGCCACUUAAGUUACAAGAUGCCACGGGUACUCUAUGGGCCACUGCAUUUGAUGAGGGUAGCAUUCACUUGCUACACAAAACUGCAAAACAGCUUUGUGCACUACAAAAUGAUGUAACAACAACAAAGACAACUUCCUCAAUGAUUAAGAGACUACUGUCAUGUCACUAUUCAUUCACACUGCUGGUUUCCAAUGAGGCAUAUAAUUCAGAAACAAAGAUGAAGGUGACAGUCAAUAAAGUUUCUCAUGUUGACUUCAAAGCUGAGUGUCAUGCACUACUUGCAGAAAUUGGCCGACUAAGUACACAGGCUUAG